ACUAGUUUCUCGGUUGUUAAUUUAACUCACAAAUCUGCUGCAUUAAGUCGCGUACUACUUUGUACGUGUCUCAAAGAAUGGCAUCGUUGAAGCCGAUGAUAAGCAAAGAUAUGCCCGACAUCGAAAAUGUACUGAACAUCAAUUCGAAGUCCAAAAUUCAUACAAAUUUUGUACCAUCAGCGCACACCAAACAGAACAAGCAGCACUGGAAAAGGAAUAUCUAUGAAAAAUGUGACAGUUGCGUAUGUCUAACAAAGAACUUCGACGACAUCAAGCAUACUACUUUAAGCGAGCGAGGAGCUUUGAAGGAGGCGGCACGUUGUUUAAAAUGUGUCGAUGCACCUUGCCAAAAAUCAUGUCCUACGCAACUGGACGUCAAAGCCUUUAUCACCUCGAUUUCCAACAAAAAUUAUUAUGGUGCGGCCAAAGCGAUCCUAUCAGACAAUCCUCUCGGUCUCACUUGCGGCAUGGUUUGCCCAACUAGCGAUCUCUGCGUGGGAGGAUGUAAUCUUUAUGCAACCGAGGAAGGACCUAUUAACAUUGGCGGGCUUCAACACUUUGCGGUGGAUAUUUUUAAGAAGAUGAAUAUUCCUCAAACCAGAAAGCUCAAUCAAAUGGUACCUCAUGCAAACACGAAAAUUGCCCUGCUUGGUUGUGGACCAGCUUCUCUCUCGUGUGCGACAUUUCUCGCUCGACUUGGUUACGAUAAUAUUACAAUCUUUGAGAAAGAAACGUACGUCGGCGGAUUAAGUUCUUCCGAAAUACCACAGUAUAGAUUACCAUAUGAUGUUAUCAGUUUUGAAGUGGAUCUUGUCAGGGAUUUAGGAGUGAAAAUUGAAUUAGGAAAAUCACUGUCUGAAAAUGAUUUAACAAUACAGAAUCUUCAAAAUGCUGGAUAUAAAGCAAUUUUUCUAGGUAUCGGAUUACCUGAGCCAAAAAACGUAUCAAUUUUUGAAAAUCUUACGCCGGAAAUGGGCUUCUUCACCUCAAAAAGUUUUCUGCCCGUUGUUGCGAAAUACAGUAAACCAGGUAUGUGUGUUUGCAAGAAUAAACAAGAACUUCCAUCUCUUUGGGGCAAUGUGAUCGUUCUCGGCGCAGGAGAUACUGCUUUCGAUUGCGCCACUUCUGCUCUGCGAUGUGGUGCUAGAAAAGUCUUCGUUGUCUUCCGAAAAGGUUUCACCAAUAUACGGGCAGUUCCAGAAGAGAUAAAUCUGGCGAAGGAAGAAAAAUGUGAGUUUAUACCGUUUCAAUCGCCGAAACAAGUCAUUUUGCGCAAUAAAAGGAUCGCGGCGAUCGAAUUUUACAGGACUGAACAAAAUGAAAAUGGCGAAUGGAUAGAAGACGAAGAGCAAAAGACUGUUUUGAAAACGGAUUUUAUAAUUUCGGCUUUUGGUUCAGGACUGUACGACUCUGCUGUGAAGCAUGCUAUGGUACCGGUUAAGAUGAAUAAAUGGAACCUACCGGAAGUGGAUGAGACCACGAUGAUGACCUCGGUACCAGGUGUAUUCUGUGGAGGUGAUCUUGCGGGUACUGCCCAGACCACCGUGGAAUCCGUGAAUGAUGGAAAAACAGCUGCAUGGUACAUUCACAAAUAUAUACAGGUGUUACCAGAAAUUCCACAGUUACCGAAGUUCUACACAGCCAUUGACGAUGUUGACAUCAGUGUUGAGAUAUGUGGAAUAAAAUUCGAAAAUCCUUUUGGUCUUGCUUCCGCGCCACCUUGUACCUCCAGCGCAAUGAUCCGACGAGCUUUUGAGACCGGCUGGGCCUUUGCUAUCACAAAAACCUUUGCCUUGGACAAGGAUCUCGUCACCAAUAUAUCGCCACGUAUUGUCAAAGGUACUACGUCUCGUCAUCAUUACGGACCCGAGCAGGGUAGCUUUCUGAAUAUCGAGCUAAUAUCCGAAAAAACCGCCGAUUAUUGGUGCGGCAGUAUCAGUGAACUAAAACGAGAUUUCCCCACGAAGAUCGUCAUUGCAAGUAUCAUGUGUACCUACAACAGGGCUGAUUGGACGGAACUGGCAAAAAAAGCGGAAUCUGCUGGUUCUGAUGGUUUAGAAUUAAAUCUAUCCUGCCCGCAUGGUAUGGGUGAAUCUGGAAUGGGUCUGGCUUGUGGACAGGAUCCUGAACUAGUUAGAAACAUCUCUCGAUGGGUUCGCGAAGCCAUCAAAAUACCAUUUUUCGUAAAAUUGACACCCAACAUCACUGACAUUCUUUCUAUUGCCAAGGCAGCUUAUGAUGGUAAGGCUGAUGGCGUUACUGCUAUUAACACAGUUUCCGGAUUAAUGGGAUUGAGCGCCGAUGCGACUCCGUGGCCGGCGGUCGGUCUUAAUAAGUUCACAACAUAUGGUGGGAUAUCGGGAAACGCAAUUAGGCCUCAAGCCUUGAGAGCAAUUUCAACAAUCUCGAGACAUCUUCCAGGAUUUCCGAUACUGGGUACUGGCGGCGUCGACUCGGCCGACGUCGCUCUGCAAUUCUUGCAUUGCGGUGCAUCAGUCGUUCAGGUCUGUAGUGCUAUUCAAAACCAAGAUUUCACAUUGAUAGACGAUUACGUGACCGGUUUAAAAGCGUUGUUAUAUCUAAAGAGCUUGGCACAGGUAAAGGAUUGGGAUGGACAAAGCCCACCAACGUUUAAACAUCAGAAGGGCAAACCGAUAUCCUUGCAGCAUGCUCUUGGCAAAAAUGUACCGUAUUUCGGCGAGUACCAAAGGCUGCGCGAGCAAAAGAUAGCUGAGCUAAAAGCGAACUCAAAUCCUUUAAACGAGAUCGUUGAGGUGAGGCGACCGGUUUCAGGACCAAUUGCACCGAUACCUACCGUCAAAGACAUAAUCGGCAAAGCAUUAAUUCAUAUUGGCAGCUAUAAGGAAUUGGACAACAGGAAACAAGUGGUCGCUUUGAUUGACGAUGACAUGUGCAUAAAUUGUGGCAAGUGUUAUAUGGCUUGCGCGGAUUCUGGAUAUCAGGCUAUCACUUUUGAUCCCUACAGCCACAUCCCAACAGUAACGGAUGACUGCACCGGUUGUACGCUCUGCUUAUCCGUUUGCCCAAUAAUCGAUUGUAUUACUAUGGUCCCAAAAACGAUUUCGCAUGUAAUUAAAAGGGGAGUGCCGCCGAAGAAUGUGAUCGAAAUUUGUUAAAUAGUGGAUUCUUUUGUUAAAAAAGUAAUUAUAAAAAAAUUAUAAUCAGCAUUAUUUUGUGUACGCAAAUAAUUGAUUAUGAAAUCGAUUGUUAAAACAUCAA